AUGGAUCCACAACGAAGUAUCCACAUGCAUCUAACAUUUUUCCCAUCAGAUAAUCUACAAAUUUUUAUUAUCGACGCAGGUUUUAUCUUGGGUGAGUUUGUAAAUGAGAAGGGAAAUGUCGAUUGCAUGGAUAGACUUAGCAGCGAUGAAAAGGUUAUCGUGGUUGUGAGCGAUGAGGCGGAGGAAGAUAAGAGUGGUCAACACGACGACCACUUAGGCGGCUGCCGCUUAACCCAAGUCGUCAUCGUCUUGAUCGGCUUCUUCGGGGUGCUCCGCAUUCCUCUCCCUCAAAAAAGAACUCCGACUCGUUAG